AUGUGUUUUUUAAGUAUUAAAAUUUUCUAUUUAUUAUCAUUUUUUCACUUUCUUGUGAGUGACGGGAAAUUUAGCCGGCCGAAUAUAGUUCUAAUUGUUGCUGAUGACUUGGGUUGGGAUGAUGUCAGUUUCCAUGGGUCCAAUCAGUCUUUAACGCCUAAUAUUGAUAUGAUGGCACUCACGGGUAUAGCCUUGGAACGCUACUACAGCCACUGUGUAUGCACACCAUCGCGAACAGCCAUGCUUAGUGGAAAAUAUGCUCACGUUGUAGGAAUGCAAGGCUAUCCCUUGACAAAUGGAGAAGACAGAGGACUACCACUGACGCAUAAAAUACUACCACAGUAUUUCAAAGAUUUAGGUUAUGUCACACGACUGGUUGGGAAAUGGCAUCUUGGACAUUCGAAGAAGAAAUAUUUACCAACACAUCGCGGAUUUGACAGCCAUUUUGGUCAUAGAGGCGGUUUUAUCGAUUACUAUGAAUAUAUAUUGCAGGAGACUUGGUCUAUAGGAGAUGUCGCUGGCUUUGAUUUAUAUAGAGAUAUGACCCCAGCCUGGGACGCCAAAGGUUAUGUCACCGACCUUUACAAUGCGGAAGCCAAGUCAAUAAUAAGCAAUCACGAUAAAGACAAGCCGCUAUUUCUAAUGGUAGCACACAACGCGCCCCACUCCGCUAACAUGGGAGCGCAGUUACAGGCUCCGCCGGAGACCGUGCGAGACAUGCGAUUUCUUGCCUCUCCACAAAGAAGGAUAUAUGCCGGCAUGGUUAAGAAAUUAGAUGACAGUGUCGGAGAUAUAGUAAAGGCACUGCAUGUAAAAGGAAUCUUAGAUAACACGAUAAUCGUAUUUAUAUCAGACAAUGGUGGUGCAACGACAGGUGCUUCAGUCAAUUAUGCAUCCAAUUAUCCACUAAGAGGUAUUAAGUUCACUCCAUUUGAAGGAGGUAUCAGAGUUAAUGGAUUGAUAUGGAGCAAGAACUUGACUAAAACUAAUCAUAUAUGGAAAGGAUAUAUGCAUGUAUCCGAUUGGAUGCCUACAUUAUUAAAAGCAGUUGGUGCAACUCCACCAGAGGAUAUUGAUGGCAUUGAUCUAUGGGAUAGUAUCAUCUCUAAUAAGUCCUCCAAACGCAAUGUUAUAUUCGAAAUCGAUGACUACAGUGGAUUCGCUGCUAUCAUUGAGGACGAGUUUAAAUUAGUCACGGGAACAAUUGUGACUGAACAUUGUAAUCACCAAGGAAGAGAACUAAGAGGACUCACUUGUGAUCCUCCUACAUAUAGAAAAGCUCUUACCGAGAGUGCUGUAUACUCCGUCAUAACUGAAAUGAGUAUUCCUUUUAAAUUAAAGGAUACAAAGUUGAGGGAGUAUAUGAAAAUUGACUGUCCAGAGAAUGAUAAUAGUGAAAUUUGUUAUCCGGAUAAAGAUAAACGGUGUCUGUUUAACAUAGAGCAGGAUCCUUGCGAAACACAGGAUUUAUCAAGCACUUAUCCCGAUGUUGCUGAUAGAUUGUACUCCCGUUUACAAGACGAGAUUAAAAGGACAAUUCCGAGGAAAGUGCCGCUCCACAGAGACUUGAGAGCUGCGCCAAGUUUGCAUAAUUACACAUGGACGAUAUGGGCUGACGAGAUCGCAUCUGAGUAA